CUGAAACAGCCUGAAUGUGGCCGGCGAUGUUUUAACCUGACCGCAAAUAUUACACAGAGAUCCGUCAUGGCUGCGACUGGUGCUGAUGAGAGACCGGAGCAUCUCUGAUCAUCAUCAUCAUCAUCAUCAUCAUCAUCAUCUGAAAUGAUGCCGCUCACAAUCAUCAUGUCUGUUCUCCGUGUGUGAGUCGCGUGCGUUGCGGGCUGAGAUGGUUCGGGUGGUCAGUGUUUUGGGUCUGGUGAUGUUCAGCGUCGCUUUGCUCAUUUUAUCACUCAUAAGUUACGUGUCCAUAAAGAAAGACUUCAUCUUCACCGCCCCGAAAUACGCCAACGCCGGCGGCCCGCGGAUGUACAUGUUUCAUGCGGGGUUUCGGUCCCAGCUGGCAAUGAAGUUCCUGGAUCCAGCGUUCACGUCACUGAAUGACGCGCUCAGCGAGAAUCUGCAAGAGUCCGACAACUGGAAGUUUAACAAGACGGCUUAUUUAGAUCAAAGUAAAGAGAUCGCCCAAUACAUCGACGUACCGCACAACUUCACCCUGACCAAGAGCAGCGUACGUGUGGGUCAGUUAAUGCACUACGACUACUCCAGUCACAAAUACGUGUUCUCCAUCGGUGAGAACCUCAGGUCUCUGCUUCCAGACUCUUCACCCGUCCUCAACAAGCGCUACAACACCUGUGCUGUUGUAGGGAACAGCGGUAUUCUCACCGGCAGCCGCUGCGGUCCUGAUAUCGACAAGUAUGACUUUGUCUUCCGCUGCAACUUCGCGCCCACUGAAGUCUUCCGUAAAGACGUGGGGCGUCGAACCAACCUCACGACCUUCAACCCCAGCAUUCUGGAGAAAUACUACAACAACCUCCUGACCAUCCAAGACAGGAACAAUUUCUUCUUGAGUUUGAAGAAACUAGACGGAGCCAUACUUUGGAUUCCUGCGUUUUUCUUCCACACGUCAGCCACUGUCACACGCACCCUCGUAGACUUCUUCGUAGAGCACAAGGGUCAGCUCAAAGUGCAGUUAGCCUGGCCGGGAAACAUUAUGCAGUAUGUGAACAGGUAUUGGAAAAACAAGCAGCUGUCGCCGAAGCGUUUGAGCACCGGUAUACUGAUGUUCACCCUGGCCUCGUCUCUGUGCGAUCAGGUCCAUCUGUACGGCUUCUGGCCCUUCGGCUGGGACCCAAACACGGGGAAAGAGCUGCCGUAUCAUUACUACGACAAGAAAGGCACCAAGUUCACCACCAAGUGGCAAGAGUCGCACCAGCUGCCCACCGAGUUCAAACUGCUCUUCAAAAUGCACACGGAGGGCGUCCUGAAACUCAGCCUCUCCCACUGCGCCUAGAGGGCAAAGGUCAGGGCCGAGGGGUCAGCGCUCAGAAUUCAGGGUUGCUUGGUUUUGCUAAUGGACGUUUGUCAGCGCCGUUGAGCUCAGUGGUGUUAUUGGUAAACACUGAUAUUAAUGGUGGUGUGAGUAUUGAUGACAUCAGUGAUAUAUAAGAGAGUUCAAUAUGCUCAAAGCUUAUAUCAAAUCAAUUUAAUAUAUCAAAAGGCUUAUAAAAAGGUGUUAUACUGUAUUACAAAAUAGCCAGAAUAGAAUGCAAAUAUUACAUAUAUAUACUGUUUAUCAAAGAAAUGAUGUAAUAUCUAUGAGAAUGUAUUAGCCAUAAUCCUUUAAUUGAAUAACUAUUGCUUAUAUUCAGUGUUAGUGAUUUGAACAAACCGCUAACGCUAAGUAUUAAACGUUCAGUGUGUAAGUGGUCCUGCAGUGUUUGUGCUACUAUGAGAUCAGUUGGUGGGACAAUAAAACCAGUCGUGUAUAGAGACCAAAAUAUUACCGAGAAUCGGCUGUGGGCUCUUUCGACUCGGACCAGAAAAGUGAGCGAAGUGCAACACGCUAAGCACCACUUAGGACAUCUUAGCAACCGUACAGCAAUGCCCAGCAUCUUGGCAGCGACUUGUGCAAGUGCCACUCACAUUUACAAAAUAAAAUGUAACAAUCUAGUUUUGUAAAUAGUAACAAAUGCAUAAAAACAAUAUGAAAGGACAAAGAAGACACUACGCUCAUUUUCUGCUGUCCUAAGUCAGUUUCGGCUGGUCUACUUGGUUUUAUUGUUGAAGUAUUAGAUGUAAACAGAUGUCGUUAGCGAGUAAGCUCAUGAAAUUCUAAUCAGAUCGCUGAAUUACAAUUGGACACAAGGUGUACCAAUCCCUCAGAUUGUACUGAGCGUAACAGUGCCUGCCCACUUUUACAGCCGUAUUAGUUCCGGAAGUAUUUUUCCCAUUCAGUUUUUUCCUAAAAUCUUUCAUAAAACAGUCGUAAGCUAUGACCAGGGACGGAUUAUGACUUGCAAAGGCCAACAUAUCACACAACCUUAAAGCCCAGGGCCCCCCCAGGCAGUCAAGGACCCCUGGUAGUCA